AUGAGUAUUACAAACAACAACAAAAACAACAACAUGUUAAGCCUGUUAAAAGAAGAGAAGCAGAAAAUGUUUUUUGGACAAAGCAUCGCUCAUAAGAAUACAAUAAUUCCUCAACCCAAGCAAGGGCCAUCAUUUAGUGAACGCGCAACAAAAAGUUUUUCAAAUUUUAAAAAUUCAAUACAAACAAAAUGGCAAAAUUUAAAUUUUGGUGGUACUAAAAGGAUUGCUUCUCCCUCUAGCACUGUUUUUCCUGUAGAGAAGCCAUCAACUACAAGUUUCUAUAUACCCGCUCAAUCCCCAGAUAAUUAUGUUACAAUACCAGAAUAUUCAACACCACAAAUUCCACAGCAAAUAGAAGAAAGGAAGAGGAUUAAAUCUAUCUUGAAAAAACCUAAGGAUAAUACAAAAUAUUCUGUAAUAACUCCAUCAAUGUGUAGAGAAGCACAACAACCAAUUCCUCGUUGGCAAUGGAAUAUUAGAGAAAAAUCUCCAUAUGAGAGAGUAAUAGAAGAUCGAGUAGAAAGAGAAGAAAAUUGUGUUCAGGGAAAACUUGUAGCUGUUGAAAGACUUGUUAGAACAACAACUACAACAAGUAAAAAUGCAAGUAAUCAACAAAAUAUUUAUUGGCCUGGUACAGGAUUAAAUAGAACAUUUAUUUAA